AAAUUCCGGGCGGUUUUGAUGGACAGUUGGGUCCGGCCAGUCAGUGGUUACAGGCCGACAUGUUGGAGACGUUUCUUCAGUGAUUGUGCGCGGUGAGUCUGACGCGUGAUUUUUCAUGCGUUUUUCAGUGCUGGUUCGUUCGAUAAGAGGAGGUGUUUUUGAACUGCGACGCUACAUGUGAAGUGUCGAGUGAAAGUAAUUCUGCUUGUGCCUGGUUUAGCCGGCCCAGCAAACAUGAGCUGGGGUACAGAGCUCUGGGACCAGUUUGAGAAUCUAUCCCUGCACACGCAAAAGGGGAUAGAAUUUCUCGAAAGGUAUGGCCACUUCAUUCGAGAUCGAUGCGCCAUCGAAGUGGAAUACGCUGCAAAACUCAGACGUCUUGUGAAGAGCUAUCAACCUAAGAAGAAAGAGGAGGAGGAUUAUCAGUACAGUCCUUGUCGGGCGUUCAAGAUGGAGCUGAACGAGGUGAACGAUCAGGCGGGACAGAGGGAAGUGAUCGCGGAGAAUCUGCAAGCGAACGUGUUAAGGGAAUUGAAUAUUCUUGUGAAAGAUUUCAAAGAGGAUCGUAAGAAGCAUCUUCAAGAGGGUGCCAGAUUAAUGGCCACCUUGACCGGUCAAAUUGGGAAUCUGGAACGAGCCAGGAAGGCGUACGAGAAGGCAUUCCGUGAGGCGGAAAGAGCGGUCGAGAAUUAUCAGAGGGCAGACGCUGAUCUACAUCUUUCCAGAGCAGAAGUAGAGAAGCAGAGGAUGAACAUGACUUUAAAGACUCAGCAAAGCGAAGAGGCCAAGACCGAGUACGCGAACCAGUUACAGAAAACAAACGAUAUGCAAACACAGCAUUACCACACGGCCAUGCCAGAAGUAUUUCAACACCUUCAGGAACUUGACGAGAAGAGAAUAAAGAAUAUGCGAAACUACAUGUUAAAAUCUGUCGAGAUAGAACGAGCAGUGGCACCGAUAAUUGCUCAAUGUUUAGACGGUAUCGAGAAAGCAGCGAACGAGAUCAACGAAAAGGAAGACACAUUAUUGGUGAUCGAACGUUACAAGAGCGGUUUCCAACCUCCAGGGGAUUUCCCGUUCGAAGAUCUAUCCGUGGCUAAAACGUACGAUAGCAAUAGUCAGUUAUCGCAACCAGUGAUGCAGCCUAUACACAAUCACCUUACGGUAAAGGGUACCGUUUCCGGCGGUAAAAUUAAGAAGAGGGUCGGUCUUUUCGGCAUAUUCAGUAGCAAUAAGAAGUUGAUCGAGGUGUGCAUAGCUUUAAAGAACAACGUGCCCGGAUACGGUGACGGUGCGAAGGAGGAUUGUAGCGACCUGCCUCCAAAUCAACGGAAGAAGAGACUUCAACAAAGGCUAGAUGAAAUUCAAGCAAAGAUUCAACAAGAAACUGCAGCGAGGGACGGUUUGAUGAAGAUGAAGGGUGUAUACGAACAAAAUCCUGCUUUAGGCGAUCCAAUGAGUAUAGAAGGGCAACUGAAUCAAUCGAGCAACAAGCUGGAUAAACUCGGAACAGAGUUGGCAAAGUUUCAAGGAUAUCUCGAGGAAGCAAUGCGCGCUGGCGUCAGCCUGUCCAGUCCCAGUCAAGCUCCACGAAAACCUACCAGCAACGGUUCUGCAACGAGACCGCUCAGUUCAAGAAGAUCCAGUCAUUCGGGAGGCGAGGAGAGCCUUUCAAGAUCAGCAUCUGAUUCGAGCGUUAGCAACACGAACGCGAACCAAUCGAUGCAUAAGAAAAGUGCCCCCGGUACGCCGCAACCUACGCAUGGUUCCACGAAUAGCCCGGAAUCUGGCCUUGGAGAAUCGAGGACAUCUCUUCCUGGUAGCGGCGGUGAAGAGUAUUAUGUCGAUGAAAUUGAUGCUCAACCACCAUUGGGAACGUGUAGGGCACUUUAUCCUUUCGAUGCUACCAGCGAAGGUUCCAUACCGAUGUACGACGGUGAAGAGUUGUACAUGAUCGAAUUGGAUCAAGGGGACGGUUGGACGCGUGUCCGUCGUAUAUCUCAACCAAUCGAGGGCUUUGUACCUACCUCUUAUAUCGAGUGUCACCUAUAUAACACUUAGCCACUUUUCUUGAAACGUUAAACAGGAAGACGAAGUGAAGUUUAAACAAGCUUAUUAAAACGCUAUCGGUUCAAUAAUACACGGUUCGAGUUUAUUGAGAACCGUGAUAAAGAAUAAGGAAUAGCGAUUACGAGAUUCUUUUUAUACAAUCGACGAGGAGGAGAGCUUAUGUGUGCGUGCCUGCCUGUCUGUCUGUCUCUGUGUAUGCGUGUGCGUUGGUUGAUCGGCUGGCACACAGGAUUCCAGAAUUACUGCCUGCUCACAAGUAAUGGGCCUAAAUGUUAACGAACGAUUUCGUAUUAAUGAAAAUCGACUACGUGCCAAUGUUUCGACCUUUUCCGAAAGAGCGUAAUUACUUGUCAGAAAUUUAGUCAAUUAUUACCCAGCACACGUCUCCUCUCCUUUUUCAAUCAGCUUAUCGAACAAGGAAAGAAGAAAAUGGAAACGAGUUUUGUCUUGCAGAUCUAGCUCCGUUCAAAGAAUGGAAAAUCUUAAACUCACUUAAUUACUAAAUAGGACAUUAAGAUCGUACAAUUACUUAGAACGAUAUUGUUGCAUCUAAUCAUUAAAAAAAGGAAUUUGUUCGUACAGAUUCAGCUCAGUACGAUACAAGUUUUUCAAAGAAAACGAUAAAAUGCACCCUGAUCACUUCUGUAAAUGUGCCUCUAUAAACGUGAACGUGCACAAGCGAACGAGUUAAAAACUCUAUUGAUGAAAGUAAAUACUUUCCCAUGAACGUAAUACGUGCCCAGCCUAUACACGUCACGAAUGAAUAUUGUGAUUGUUGUAACUGCACGAGGUUUGUGUAUUAUUUUUCCCUUAUUUUCUUUCGAUCGACUCGAUUGUAAAGUAGGCAACUCUAAUUCGCGUUAUCUUUGCCGAGGAUCAAGAAACUGACCGUACACGGAUAAGAAGAAAAUGAUCGGUUCCUUGCCUCUGCCGGUGAUAGAAAAAUUGAUGCCACCAUUACUUUACAAUUACUUAGAGUCGUUAUUUUUCUAUCUUUUAUCGUUGUGUAAGUUUAUUAAUUGACGUAUUUGUUUUUGAAAUACAUACAAGAGGAGGAUGAUUAGGUGGUGCUCUGUACAGCAAGUAGAUUCCGAAGAACGAUCGGCCAAGUUUUUAUUUACGAUGUUGCCUGGGUGUGAAUUUAGUUAGGAUAUAUUUCUGUACAUAUUUGCAAAGGACAUAGAAGAAAAAAUGAAGCGAAUGGUACGCGUGUGAGUGCCAGAUUUGAUUCUUCGCGCGAAGCAAUGAAUUUGUUUCCAUUCACAGGAGUAAGUACGAAACGGUGGCGUUAAUAUUUUCUUUCGUUUUUUUAUUUUUUUUUUUUUUUUUUAUUUUUUUUCUCCUUUCUUUUUGACCCUUAAACGCCUCUAUUUCGGUAUCUUUGGAGGGAACUCUUAGCUUCGCUGUUACAAAGCCUAGAUUCGUCCUAGAUUCAAUUGCGGUGUAUCGAACUCGUGUAGUCGUAUAUAUACUCGCGUAUUAAAAAUAUGUAUAUGUAUAUAUAUAAUUAUUAAUCAUUCAUUAAAGUGUAGCUUUGGUAUAUAAGAUACGCAAGUAUGCGAGUAAACGAAUAUCAUUCGGCCCUCUUCUCUGGCUCAGUUGCCAGCUGAUUUAUUGUAAUUCCUCUUCGCUCUGACGUACGAUUCUAUCUAGGGUUCGUUCCGAGCAAUCGCUAUCGCGCGCCGUGUCUUUAACGAUACCUUUUUAAUUUAUCCUUUUUAGUUUAGUCGCGAAAGUAUCGAGGAGCUUGAGGUUUUUGCGAGAAUCGUCAGUAUUUUCGCGCGCGUUCAUCGAUUUCAGCGAACGGUUCGGUCUUCGCUUGAUCAUCGGUCGCUGAUAGGCUGUAUAUCACUUUCUAAAAGUGAAAAGAGAAAAUUAUUAUAGAUAAUGAUAGAACGUAAAAUGAACGUAAAAAGUCCGUAUGUCUACCUUAAUUCUUAAUAUUAAACCGCGUCCAUUCUAUGUAUAUUUUGUGAUUUUAUAUCCAUGAGCAAGUAUUGUAGAUAAUUAACUCUGUGACUCAUUAUACGUUUAAUUAUUAUUAUAAUUAUUAUUAUUAAUAUUGAAAAAAAUAUAGCUACUAAACCAA